AUGUUCGGCACCCUUAGGUACGACCAGUCGACAAACGCAUCCUCUCUCCUAUUGGAGGCAACAGAUGCUCCUUUCAACAAGCAACGCCAAUGUGCCUUGACAAGGAGUGCCUGUGCGCAGUGUCGUGUGAGAAAGUCAAAAUGCACUGGCGAAGCAGGUGGAUGUCAGAGAUGCCUGGCGAAAAACAUCCAGUGUCGCUAUCCAGCCCCUCAGAGCUCUAAGUUGGGGAAAAGAGGUGCCGAGGGAUACCCCGAAACUUCGCCCUCGCUCUUGAUGUCUGAUACAGGUAGCCGCCAUAUCGUUGCUGAAAAUACCGAAGUCUCUAGUACUUCCCUAAGCAACGUAGGAGCAACUACCGGUGUCUCUCAGGGGCCUGACACGAUCUCUGAGGCGUCAGAUAUGAUCGAUACGACUGCGUGGAGCCAACGGCACAACUCGAACACGGACAGCGAGUAUGUCUUUAACUUUGAUACUCAAUUUGUGGCCGAAGGAGUCCUUGAUAGCUUCGCGUCUGAUAUGCCAUCGCUGGACGUUCUAGAUAGCGAUUCCAGUCCUGGUUUCCAGCCCGAAUCUCGCAGCAAGGUCGCAGAAGGCAGUCAGACGGCAGCCCAGGACGCCAAAGCAAGCCUAUUGUUUGACAGUGUACCUACAUGCAAUUGUUUUAGCCGGGCAGUUCGCAUACACGAGUCUAUCGAGAUCAAGCUAGUAUCUGCUCUACAGGACCAAGUAGGAACCGCCGAAGAGUUUCUACAGCAGCUCAAGACGUGCUUGGCUGGUUGCGAGGGUCUUCUAUUAUGCGUUUCCUGUAGGUAUAGGUCGGAAUAUACCAUGUUAAUACUCUCCAUGUGUGAGAAGCUUGCGUCAAGUCUAGAAAAUGCCUGGCUAGUCAUGCCUUCAGGGGGGCGUGCGGUCACGUCAGACUACACAACAAGGCAAGAUGUCUCUUCACCUGUAGGACUGGUUCAACCGCGGGCGCCGAGGCCGCGAUCAGAAGAAGAAAGUAUCGAGUAUGGAGCCGAGCUGCGUCUGGCCGGGGCAGAGGGCAGAUCUAGCGAACGUCGACAGACUGGGCAAGGAUGUGGCUUGGAAAAUCGAAGUGCUCAUCGAAGACUAGAGAUUGGGCUGUGGAAGUUAGACGACGAGGAUGAAAUUCAUGUUUUCUAUGGUCUCCUAGUGGUACGUGUAGGUAUGUUCCGUGCCUUACUUGCCACAUUGGAAACGCUGGUGACUAGCCACAACUGGCCUGUUCACAAGAGUAUCACCAUAGAUCUACAAAAGCGUUGCAUGGAUAUGCCCUGA